CAGCGAGCAAAACAGACACUAAACAAACAUGGCGGAGCACGAGGUGAACAAUUCGCUGGACAAUAAUCCAACGCUGAUAAAGAACGGCAACAAAGAAUGGGUGAAGCUGAACGUCGGCGGUACCGUCUUCCAGACGACGAAGACGACGUUGUCGCGCGACCCUAAUUCAUUCCUCUACCGCCUGGUGCAGGAAGAUAGUGAUCUCAUCUCUGAACAGGACGACACCGGUGCGUUCCUGAUUGACCGCGAUGCCACGUACUUCUCGCCUAUUCUCAAUUACCUGCGGCACGGCAAGCUAGUCAUUAACAAAGGCCUUGCUGAAGAGGGUGUGCUGGAGGAGGCCGAGUUUUAUAACAUUGCCGAGCUGAUUACGAUGAUCAAGGAAAAGAUUUACCACCGCGAUUGCCUGCCUUCAUCAGACAGCAAGAAGCAUGUCUACAGAGUGAUACAAUGUCAUGAAGAUGAGCUAACUCAGAUGGUGUCGACGCUGUCGGAUAGCUGGAAGUUUGAGCAGCUUGUGAAUAUUGGCUCGCAAUACACUUACGGUGCUGACGAGCAUGCGGAGUUCCUCUGUGUGGUAAGCCGAGAAUGCGGCAACACGGACGGCAUCGAAGUGGAGCACAGUGAUCGCGCCAAGGUUUUGCAGCAGAAGGGCUCGCGAAUGUAACGGCGUUCAAGCCGUCCCACGACUGAAUUUGUACUCUCUCCUUUCCCCCAGAUGAUGGCGUCGGUGCAAACCGUAAGCUAUCACAAGAUUACUACUGUCGGCAUACCGGAGAUACAUACGAUAAUUGCGUUCGGUCGACUCGAUUCGUCCCCCGUGCCUUAACAUGCCACACGCGUAUGAGAGCUGUAAGACGAUCGCGGUAUUGUUUACACAUAUACAAGUUUCUAGCGUUACCUCUUGCGUUUCAUCCACGAUUCAAAACCGGGCCGGUGUCCGUGGCGGGCACCCCGAGGAUGCAACCGACACGGCCGAACGGGGUCAUUAAUACUACUAAUGCGCACACAAACAAAUAAAUUAUUACAACGUUUAUAACGAUAAGAUUAUUAAAAUUUGUAAUAUAAAACCUAAUAUUUAAGUACGAACUAGGGAGCAGAAACAGAUACUGUAAAUCGAUUUAUGAUGAUUUGCGAACGUAGUUGUCCGAUUGCGGCUUGGGACAACCUGACGACUCGAAGUGCUGUGUGGUCGCUUGUUUCGCGCGCGGAACUUAUCCCUUCAUGCAUUUGAUUUUGUUGGGCGCGCAAACUUCGCCGGGAACUCGUUGGAAGAUCGGUGUCGGUGCGCGCGAACUCGUGUCUCUCCAAACACAAUGCGAAUCAAAAUAACUUUACAUCCAAAGUGACUUCAUUUAUACAGCACUGUUGCAACAGUAUUCGAAUACAUACUGUGUAUACGUGUAUAAAAAAAAAAAACAAAAUAAAAAGGUAAUUGUAAUUUAUUAAACGAAA